AUGCGGCAGAUCAGAAAAACUACACAAACCACUUUGGUGAACUCACAUCACAAUUGUGACCGAGGCGACUGUCAGAUUACUCCAACCAAAGCGGUUUUUUUGGAGCGGAGGAAGAGUUCUGUCAAGGGCUGGGAGGCAACGCACAAUGACGACGAAAACUACGUGAUCAACGCGGCAUCGCUUUCUGCUCAAGUGUCUCACAGGAAAGUUUCGAGUUUGAAGGUUCCAGCUAUACAACCAUUAGAAUGGAUCGAUUCGCUGCAUGAUGGCUUGAGCAACUGGGGUUCAAUGGUCGUUCCCGUGAUGGGUUUCAAGGUUCCCGGUUGGAACAACGAAGCGGCCAAGUCGUUCGGCUUCUUCAUUGUGGAUUAA